AAAAAUUGUCAUCCUUCUGCCAUUGGGUCGUAUUGAUAAAUUAUUUAAUUGAUUAAAUAAAAACAGCAAAUGCUAGAGUCAAACGAAUUAUUAUUAUUUAAAUGAAUAUCAAAUAUAAAAUCAACUUUACUGCAGUAACGUACGUCAGAUAUGCAUAAACACAUAAACUACAAUACUGUUUGGCCUAAAGGUAUCAAACCAACUUUAAAUUACUUAGUAUUAUUCUCUAUCAUGCACAAGGCUUGUUUUUUAGAUUCUUCUAGGCCCCUAGAAUGGUGAUGUUUACAGCUUUGGAAAUAGAAGUAAAUUUCAGACUUAAUAUUUCACUUAUAUUGACAUAUUUUAUAUACGGUAUCCGAGAUUCCUUCCCCUUUAGAAAACUCAUCAGCAAGCCAGUUUAUGGUCAUAGCCAUAUUUAUUACCACAGUAAUAUGGUUUACAUGUAGCUUAUUAAAUUACCAUUACACACUUAACGUCAGAUUGCUAGAGGUAAUAGUCUCUUCCUAAUUUUCAUUUCAGAAAAUGUAUGCGUAUCCUGUUUUUCAACGGCAAUCGGCAACAUCAAGCCGACUCCUCAUGGCACCAUCAGCAGAGGCAAAGCGCCUAGAAAAGCUUGAGUCCGGAAGGGCCAAAAGUAAAGAGGAGGUGCUGGCAGAGGCUAGAGCUUUUGUCAGCACAAAUGGUGGAGACCCCAGUGACCAGUUUUUAGUUCUCGCUCACUGCAAACUUCAGUUUGGGAAGUACCAGGGCCAGCGAUUUAGAUGGCUCCUGGAAAACUCUCUGGGGUAUGCAGUGUAUUUGGUGCUUAGCAGUUCCAGUGAGAAAGCCCAUCCAAACCCGCUGUCAGAAAACAAACAGCUGUACCUGCAGUAUACUUCUCUUAUAAGAGAGAUGGCAGAAGAAGUGGAGAAGUAUAAGAGAAAGCAGGAAAUGCAAGCAGAAGCCCAUGCAACUGGAGACCAAGGCUGCUUGAUGGUGGAGUUUGGUGACUUCCAGGGCCGGUCCAUGAAGGAUGUUUAUGAGGACCAGAGCAAGCAGGCCCAAGCCCUCAUCAGGUACCUGAUAAAGGCAAAUCCCAACCCCAACACCAACAUGGCCAUUUUCAAGACGUAUGUCUUGAAAAGACAGGCUUCUGCUGUGGGCACCCGUGUAUGCCAGCCUGCACCUCAAGUUGCAUCCUCCAGUGCCUCUGCACCUCCACCUGCAACCUCCAGUUCCUCUGUACAUCCACGUGCAACCUCCAGUGCCUCUGCACCUCCACCUGCAACCCCCAGUUCUUCUGUACCUCCACCCGCAGCCAUCAAAACUGGUGUACACCAGAGCGCCACUGUGAAAGCACUGUUGACGCGUGGCAAACAUUUGUCUCCUUCACACCUGGCGAGAAAACUCAUGUCACCAGUGAAACACUAUCCAUUGCUGCAGUCCACUUUACCUCCUCCAGCAGCAGAACCCCCAGUCACACAUUUGACCCGAAGGCAGCUUUUCACUACUGGCACUUCCGUUUCCCCUGCUGAAGAUGAUGAUGAUGAGGAACUGGUAUUUGCUGCAUCACAAUGUGAAGCACAGCUAAAUACAGGUGUGGCAUAUGACACACAUGCAAAUAUUAUAAGAAUGUUUUUGUGA